CACCUUCUCAGCCCCAUCACCUCCAUCCUUUCCCCGCGUCUCGCCUCCACCCCCUCAAUUUCCUCCUCCUCGCCCCCCAUUUCCACCCUCCUCCCCCUCCCCCCGGCCACUUCGCUAACUUGUGGCUGUUGUGAUGCGUAUUCCCGUAGAUCCGAGCACCAGCCGGCGCUUCAGCCCCCCCUCCAGCAGCCUGCAGCCCGGCAAGAUGAGCGACGUGAGCCCGGUGGUGGCUGCGCAACAGCAGCAGCAGCAGCAGCAACAGCAGCAGCAACAGCAGCAGCAGCAACAGCAGCAGCAGCAGGAGGCGGCGGCGGCGGCAGCUGCGGCGGCGGCGGCGGCGGCUGCAGCCGCUGUGCCCCGAUUGCGGCCGCCGCACGACAACCGCACCAUGGUGGAGAUCAUCGCCGACCACCCGGCCGAACUCGUCCGCACCGACAGCCCCAACUUCCUGUGCUCUGUGCUGCCCUCGCACUGGCGCUGCAACAAGACCCUGCCUGUGGCCUUCAAGGUGGUAGCCCUCGGAGAGGUACCAGAUGGGACUGUGGUUACUGUCAUGGCGGGUAACGAUGAAAAUUAUUCUGCUGAGCUCCGAAAUGCCUCUGCUGUUAUGAAAAACCAAGUAGCAAGGUUCAACGAUCUGAGAUUUGUGGGCCGGAGUGGACGAGGCAAGAGUUUCACCUUGACCAUAACAGUCUUCACAAAUCCUCCCCAAGUGGCCACCUAUCACAGAGCUAUUAAAGUUACAGUGGAUGGACCCCGGGAACCCAGAAGGCACAGACAGAAGCUUGAUGACUCUAAACCUAGUUUGUUCUCUGACCGCCUCAGUGAUUUAGGGCGCAUUCCUCAUCCCAGUAUGAGAGUAGGUGUCCCGCCUCAGAACCCACGGCCCUCCCUGAACUCUGCACCAAGUCCUUUUAAUCCACAAGGACAGAGUCAGAUUACAGACCCCAGGCAGGCACAGUCUUCCCCACCGUGGUCCUAUGACCAGUCUUACCCCUCUUACCUGAGCCAGAUGACGUCCCCAUCCAUUCACUCCACCACCCCGCUGUCUUCCACACGGGGUACUGGGCUUCCUGCCAUCACCGAUGUGCCCAGGCGUAUUUCAGAUGAUGACACUGCCACCUCUGACUUCUGCCUCUGGCCUUCCACUCUCAGUAAGAAGAGCCAGGCAGGUGCUUCAGAACUGGGCCCUUUUUCAGACCCCAGGCAGUUCCCAAGCAUUUCAUCCCUCACUGAGAGCCGCUUCUCCAACCCACGAAUGCACUAUCCAGCCACCUUUACUUACACCCCGCCAGUCACCUCAGGCAUGUCCCUCGGUAUGUCUGCCACCACUCACUACCAUACCUACCUGCCACCACCCUACCCCGGCUCUUCCCAAAGCCAGAGUGGACCUUUCCAGACCAGCAGCACUCCAUAUCUCUACUAUGGCACUUCUUCAGGAUCCUAUCAGUUCCCCAUGGUGCCCGGGGGAGACCGGUCUCCUUCCAGAAUGCUUCCGCCAUGCACCACCACCUCGAAUGGCAGCACGCUAUUAAAUCCAAAUUUGCCUAACCAGAAUGAUGGUGUUGACGCUGAUGGAAGCCACAGCAGUUCCCCAACUGUUUUGAAUUCUAGUGGCAGAAUGGAUGAAUCUGUUUGGCGACCAUAUUGAAAUUCCUCAGCAGUGGCCCAGUGGCAUCUGGGGGCCACGUCCCACAUGUGUCAAUAUAUACAUAUAUAAAAAGAGUGCAUAUAUAUGUAUAUCAAUUAGCUACUAAGUGCCUAUUUUCUAGAUUUUUCAUUCACUCAGUCAUGAUCUUGCAACCGUAAGAGGGUAGAUAUUGAGAAACAGAAGGCCCAGGAGAGACAGUCAUAAUUGGGUUUCAGAUUAUUUACUACUUAAGAUGUAAUUUUUACAAAGGAAUAACCAAGGAACAAGUAUUUUUGUUGUUGUUUGGUCUAUUAUUAAAAAUAACCUGUUCAUAUGCCAGUUGAGAGAGGUGGACUCCAGGCUCAGGAGGAAGAAGAGCAAAGCCGCUUCCUCUCUGUGUUUUGAAACCACACACUUCAUGGUUGCAGCUGUGUGUGGGCCAGUGUACUCGGCAGGCCAGCUUACAAAGCCAGUCUCCGUGCACAUUAAGGGACAAGAGAUAGAUGGAUGCUUCCCUUACGGUACCAUCCAUUCAGAGUAGCUGUUCCAAACUUUGCUUUCAGACUCGCUGCAGGCACUCAGAACUGUUUAGUUCAUUUUUUCCCCCUAUUCUAAGAAAGUGACUUCAAAAAUACUGAUCAGGAUAGAUUAUUUUAUUUUACAUUUUUAUACUCCCCCCUUUUCCCAUUGAACCAAAAAGAAAUCUCACCCCCAAGAUCCCUCUUUCCUUUUAUGCAAAACUGAAAAUGGCAAUACCUUAUUAUAGCCAUAAUGGUAUAGAUAGUGUUUGCGUUUGGCUGUGUGUUAUUUGUUUUCUUUUUUUUAAAUUAUGAAUAUGUGUAAAAUCUGAGGUAACUUGUUAACGUGAAUGGUCAUAUAACUUUAAAGAUAUAUUUAUAAUUAUUUAAUGACAUUUGGACCUUUGAAACAUUUCUUAGCGUAUUGAUAUGUUGACUUCGGUCUCUAAAAGUGCUCUUUAUUAAAUAACAAAUUUCUUCAGUGGGCUAGAGCCAUAUCUGAAAUAUUGCUAAGCAAUUUCAGUUCAUCCAGGCACAAUGUGAUUUUUAAAAAUACUUCCAUCUCCAAAUAUUUUAGAUGUAGCUUGUCUUGUAAUGUAUGAAGGAAAUUUGUGUUUAGUUCUUUCAGAUCUUUGAUUGCCUCUAACAAAGCUUUGCCUUUUAAAGCAAUAAUUAGGGAUUUAAAAAACUACCCUUAGCCCUUUAUCACGUGUGUUGCCCUUUAUCAGCAUGAAAUGCUGGAGUGAUGUGGUUUCCUAAUUUCUUUCAGAUAAUUAUGACUCUUGCCAUAUUAAAAAGACAAGCACAAGUGAGUCAUUGAACUGCAAAAAAAUGUUUUGUGGUUUCACAGUUAAGCAAAACUUUAAAUCGCCAGGUUUCUUAAUGAAGACAUAGUCAUUUUAAAGCCACACAUGUGGAUAAAGGAUCAGUGAUAAUACACAGUGCUAUCUUUAUAAAGCAAAAUUACACCGUGGAUUCUUAACUCACCAGCCUUACUGAACAGUCAAUCAGGGGAACCCUAUCUGCCUUUUCAAGGUCCCUCUGGCAGCCUUCCACAUACUUUGCAUUUAAAGGAACAGAGUAUUGUCAUUGACCUAGGGGAGGUGGUCAUCUAAGUUUGAAGUUCUACAGGUAGUUGAUGUGAGAAGACCUAGAGCUGUGGGAACCUACAGAGCCACUUUUGAUAUUUGCAUUUCUCACACAGAAGGGCCAAGAGCAGGCAGGGUUUGUGGAGUCGGUGUAUACCACCGUGUAUGAAUUUGAGCUAGAGCUCUUCUGUGGGAUGCACUUUGACCACACCUGGCACCGACAUGGCCAACUCCCACGUGGGAGGCCUUAAUCCAAAUCAGUAUCAUUAAUGACCCACCAGGCAAAUCCCUGAUCUCUCCCCCUCAUGUCAAGGCACCUUCAUUUGAAUCCCAUGACCUCCUAAGUAGAACUCUGCAGAGAUUUGCCUUUGGUCCCCAGUUGCUCCCUUUAUCUUUAGUCUUUCUCAAGCCCACCUUUGCAGGCCACCAAGCAACACAGGACAGCUGUGGGGCAGGCAGACCUGUGUCUGCUUCCUGGAGAGUCUCCCUUAGAAUUCAUCUUGAUUCCUAAUACAAAUUAAGGAGAAACAAACAAACAAACCCCACUCCAAACACUUUGCCUUUUAAAGGUUGUAUACCAAGUAUGCUUAGCUAUAUAAGCCACUUUUCUAUUACUUAAGAUGGAAGUAGUAAUUGAUACUAUUUAUUGUUUGUGUGUGGUAGCUUGAAGCACACCACUGUCCAUUUAUUUGUAAGUAUAAAAUAUGUGUUUGUUUCAGCAGCACUUAAAAAAGCCAGUGUCUGGUUACACAUUUCAAUUUUAAAUAAUUGACCUAAAAACAUUACCACCAGUGCCAGCUGCACCCUAUUUAAUAAAAAAGGUACUAUAUUUGUACAUUAUUUUUUAAUGUUAAAAGGGCUUUUUUAAGUUUACAGUACACAUAGUAAGUGACCAUAGGGAUGCUUUAGUGUUGAAGUGUUAUUAUAGUGGCUGCAGGCAGCAACCCAGAAACACUUUAAGUUUUUUUCGUUGGGAAAAAUUCAAGCACUUCUCUCCACCCUCACUCCUGACCACCCCCAUUAAGGAUAAUUCAUGUUGUUUAGAACAAAUUCUGUCUUUUUUUGACCUUGGGGCUAAAUUCAUUCAUUCAUAACCCUACCCCCACCCUUCCCCAAACCCUUACUUUGCACUGGGUCAUGUGUAUGAUUUGUAAUUUUGAGACCAAAACACUCUUCCUGCUACUCUGGAACUGUGACCAAAUCAGCACUCCACUUCCUUGGGAUUAGAAUCACAUUCUUUAUGUAGCACAGACGUUGCUGGAAUUCAUAGUGUGACCAACACGGUCACAUUUUUUAUUUGUUGUCUCACAAAUUUUAACCUAUGUCUGAGUUCCAGAACAGGUGCCACAGCUUUGAUUUUAGAUUAGUUGGAGUGACAUCCAUCCUGGAACUGAGUCUCAGCAGGUUAACUUGUUUGGUCUCUACACUGUCUCAUUCCCCAUUCUUCCUCCCACGCUAGCCAGGGCCCUUUAAAAAUGAACAGAGAAAUAAAACCACGUGAUUAUCCACCAUAAAUUCAGAAGGGAGGAGAUGUGUGUGAUGGCUUAAAGGGCUCCCUUCAUACUGAGAAAAGGGCCCCCAGAAUCUAGGCUAACAUGAAAACACAGCAUUAGCAAAAUUAAUCAUCAUGCCUAUGGUAUUUGAAAGAACAAUAAACUAAAUAAAAGAUGACUCUUCCAACUUGAAUUUGUUGUUCUUAAAAGAUAAUGCAUUUAAAAAAUUACUUUUCUAUGUGAGAAUUUUUUAGUUGUCUGUUUACUUCAUGUUUACAAAUAAUUGUUUGCUUUUUAAUGCAGUACUUAAAAUAUAUCAGCCAAAUCCAUAACUUACAGUAAUUUCUUAGGUAUUCUGAUAAAAUUCCAUUUCUUGGAUAUGUUUUACCGUUCUUAGAUUUCUGUGGAACAAAAACAUUUGUAGCAUUUGUGUAAAUACAAACUUUCAUUUUAUUUUUUUCCAAUUGCUAUUGCCAAGAUUUGCUUUCCAUGCACAUAUUGUACAAAUUCUGCUUUGUGCCACAGGUCAUGAUUGUGGAUGAGUUUACUUUUAACUUCAAAGGGGACUAUUUGUAUUGUAUGUUGCAACUGUAAAUUGAAUUAUUUGGCAUUUUCUCAUGAUUGUAAUAUUAAUUUGAAGUUUGAAUUUAAUUUUCAAUAAAUGGCUUUUUUGGUUUUGUUA